GCUUUAAAGCACUAACUUGAAAAAGUCCUCACAUUAUUUUCUCCUCAUUGAAGUUCUGACAUUGUCUUUUUUCAAGGCUCAGGGACCUGAGACUGGAACCAUAAGAUGUUUCCCUCCUCACUGCUGCUGUGGCUCGGUUUGGGAGCUUUGGUAAAAUGUGCUGCUGGAAGUGACUGGUGCUAUACUGGCUGUGCUCACAGCCCGUCCCACUGGGGAGACGUCUCUUCUCUCUGCGGAGGACAGAGGCAGUCUCCGAUUGACAUAGACACCAGCAAAGUUCACGCGGACCCGAAACUGCUGAACUUUACCUUCAAGAACUUCUCCUCCCAAAAAGUCAUCAAAUCCAUCACAAACAACGGACACACGGUGAAAUGCUCGCUGGAGGAUAAUGAAGUUGAAGUGAGUGGAGGUGGACUUGAUGCAACAUAUUCUACGCUCCAGUUUCACUUUCACUGGGGAGAAACCGACCACCAUCCCGGCUCGGAGCACACGAUUGACCAGCACAGAUAUCCAAUGGAGAUGCACAUCGUCAGUCUGAAGAAAGGUCUCACUGUGGAACAGGCCGUCGCGGAUCCGACAGGAAUUGCUGCGCUUGGGUUUUUCCUAAACGCAACAGAAGAUGGCGAUGUGUCCGGACCAUGGGGCGAACUCACUUCUUACCUGACGAGCAAAACAAACAUUGAGACUGCCAUAAACCAUAACAUCUCUAUAGAUGACCUGAUUGGAAAUGUUUCCCGUACAAAGUACUUUCGCUACAAUGGCUCCCUGACAACGCCCGACUGCAACGAAGCUGUCGUAUGGACUGUCUUUCAAGAGCCGAUCAACAUCAACAAAAAUCUGAUUGCACGGUUUUCCGCGAUUACUGGACUCACCAAUCUUUAUCGGCCUGCACAAACACUCAAUGGAAGUCAAGUGUUUGCUUCUCCUGGAGUUUCUCCUCCCAGCGAGGCAUGGUGCUAUGAUGAUCACUGCAAAUACAACCAGGCUAACUGGCAACUUCUGUCUCUGUCCAACUGUGGCGGUGAGAGACAGUCACCCAUCAACAUUGAGACAAAGAAUGCCGUGGUGAACAAAGCACUUGACGCCUUCACCUUUACAAAGUUUGACGACAAACACACCAUCAACUACAUCACUAACACCGGCCACGCAGUUAAGUGUGUGCUGAUAGAAAACAAAGUGGAGGUGUCGGGCGGCGGUUUGGGUCACGUCUACUCCAUCCUUCAGUUCCAUUUCCAUUGGGGUUCAAAUGACUCCAUGGGCUCGGAGCACGCGGUGGAUUCAAAACGAUACCCAAUGGAGAUGCAUAUAGUGACCAAGAGGAAGGAUUUAACCCUGGAUGAGGCCGUAAAGACUCCGAAUGGCCUGGCAGUGCUGGGUUUCUUUAUUGAGCCUACAUUGACUAAAAGCAGCAGCAGCAGCAGCAGCAGCACAGGACACGAGACAAAUCCCACACAGAGUCCAACAGCUAAUAUGGAAUCCUGGAAGAAACUGAGCAACUAUCUCUCAGCUAUUAAAGACAUCGGCUCAACAGCUAAUGUCACAGAGGAGAUCUCCAUUGAUGACCUGCUCGGCGAUGUGACCCAAACUGUGUACUACCGCUACAAUGGCUCCUUGACCACCCCUAUGUGUAACGAAGCAGUGGUUUGGACCGUCUUUGAAGAGUCCGUCAAAGUCGACCGAGACCUGAUAAUGCUGUUCCCGACUCAGAUGAGAUACAACAACGUGUUUCGGGCUCUGCAGACUCUUCACAGCAGGACAGUCUACAAAUCCCAAGCCAGCACCUCUGCACCCGUCAUGCAGUCUCUGCUGCCGGCAUGUCUUUUCACCAUUGUAUCUAAUUUGCAUCCUUGAAAAAAGUUUGGCUCCCUGAAAUUGCUCUGAAGGAUAAUCAUAUGUAGUAUUGAUUAUCUGUUUGUAUUCUCAAGGUUAUUUCAAUAGUUGUUAGCAAAGGACAAUGUAGUUUAAUAUGCAGCUGUGAUCUCAUAAUCCAGAUGUUGACCAUAUGCCGACCACAAGUUUAAUUUAAAAAUCGUAUUUAACUUCUAGGUGUUAUCGUGCUCUUUGUUCACCUUCAACCACAGAUUGCUAACCAGAAAAAGAUAUCAUAUGCUGUAUGGAUUUUUUUUAAACUUGAAAUAUGAUGAGGGAACGAAACUGAUUUCUAUCAUACUAACCAGUGUUUGGGUACAAUUAAUCAGAAGGAAAAUAAUGAGAACUUAUGGUGAAACUGAAAUAAAAAAUUGUAUUGAUGCCA